CCAAAAUAACGUUGAGGCACGCACGAAGGAACUCUUUUCCUUAAAAAUUUUGAUAUUAUUAUUACUUUUAAACCCCUUUUUUUUAUUUCAAGAUUGAAACAACAAAGGUUUCAAUUUCAAGAAAGCAUUUUUCUUUCUUCAUUCUCAAAUACAUUCAUUUUUUGCAUGUUUGUAUCCAUUUCUUGCGAUAUUGGUUUGAGCUCCCAAAAGACUUUUUUGGCUCAUCAGAAUUGCAAGAAAAAGAAGGAGUGAAUGACUGAUUUGAGCUGCUGGGGAGUUGAAUGUUGAUUGGUUUUUAUGUGCAUUUUGAACAAGAAAAUGUUUUGUUAAGAAAUUUUGAGUUGUAUAAUGGGAUAGAUGAAGGAAUUGGGUGUUAUAUUUGUAGCUGAGGGGAUUGGUUGUAUAUGGGGUAUACUAGUAGGGGGGAGACUUUUCCCUGUGGUUUUUCAGAUGGGUUUUGGUUCAACAGUUGGGGGUUUUCACCUAAUAGUAUUACCACUUGAAUGGCUGAUUUCCAAAGGUCUAGUCUUGCUGAUAGGGACAUUGAUCAGGCCAUUGCAGCACUUAAGAAAGGAGCAAAUCUGCUGAAGUAUGGGCGCAGAGGAAAACCCAAGUUCUGUCCUUUUCGCCUUUCUAAUGACGAAUCUGCAUUGAUAUGGUACCACGACAAAGAAGAAAAACAGCUUGAACUGUGUCAUGUUUCAAGGAUCAUUCCUGGACAGAGAACUGCAAUAUUCCAGCGGUAUCCUCGACCUGAAAAGGAGUAUCAAUCAUUUUCUCUCAUCUGGAACGACAGAUCUUUGGACUUGAUCUGUAAAGACAAAGAUGAAGCUGAGGUUUGGAUUACUGGGCUGAAGGCAAUAAUUACGCGGGGACGCUCUCGCAAAGGAAAAAAUGACACAAGAAGUGAAACUGUGUCUUCUGAUAGUCCACAUACCACAUCAACUUCAUCUACUGAUCAAGGAGACAAUCAGAGAAACGAGAGUCUACCUCCGAGCAGGCUUGGAAAAGCCUAUGCUGACAUUGUUUCAUACACUGCAACUGGCAAGGGUCCUACGCUUGCUGAAACAGUUGCCUUUAAUCUUAGCUCGUUGUCUGCUGGAGCGGUUGACAACUCUAAUGCUCGAAGUUCAACAGCUGAUACAUUUCGAGUUAGUUUAUCUAGUGCUGUAAGUUCAUCCAGCCAAGGUUCUUGCCUUGAAGACUUUGAUGGCCUAGGAGAUGUCUUCAUUUGGGGAGAAGGCACUGGCAAUGGCCUAUUAAGUGGCGGCAAGCACAGAAUUGGAAAACCAUCUUAUAUUCCCAGGUCACUAGAGUCAAGCGUGGUACUUGAUGUUCAGAAUAUUGUGUGUGGUAAUAGGCAUGCUAUGUUAGUCACAAAACAAGGAGAGGUAUUCAGCUGGGGUGAAGAAGCAGGGGGCAGGCUGGGGCAUGGGGGCGAAACUGACGUUUCACAUCCCAAACUCAUUAGCAAUCUCAGAGGAAUGAAUGUUGAGGUGAUUGCAUGUGGGGAAUAUCAUUCAUGUGCUGUUACAUCCUCUGGGGAUCUAUACACUUGGGGUGACGGUGCUAAAAGUUCGGGCUUGCUUGGACACAGAAGCGAAGUCAGUCACUGGAUCCCAAAGAAAGUACGUGGCCUCAUGGAAGGUUUAAGAGUGUCUCAGAUUUCCUGUGGGCCUUGGCAUACAGCUCUCAUAACAUCUGCCGGCCGCUUGUUUACAUUUGGAGAUGGAACUUUUGGGACGUUAGGUCAUGGAGAUCGUUCUGGAUCUAUUACUCCGAGAGAGGUGGAAACUUUCAAUGGAUUGAGGACACUCAAAGUUGCUUGUGGUGUUUGGCACACUGCUGCUAUUGUUGAACUAGUUUGUGGAUUGGAUUCUGGACCAUCUGAUGCUCCGUUUGGAACACUAUUCACCUGGGGGGAUGGAGAUAAAGGGCGAUUAGGACAUGGUGAUAAUAAACCGAGACUAACUCCCGAGAGUGUAGCAGCAUUGGUUGACAAAAGUUUCAGUCAGGUAGCCUGUGGCUAUGCCAUGACGGUUGCUUUGACAACUUCAGGCCGAGUAUAUACAAUGGGUAGUACUGUUUAUGGCCAACUUGGUUGCCCUCUAGCUAACGGAAUGUCUCCAAUUUGUGUAGAAGGUAAUAUCGCUGACAGUACUGUGGAGGAAAUUUCUUGUGGUUCACAUCAUGUUGCAGUUUUGACUUCGAAAAGCGAAGUUUAUACAUGGGGAAAGGGUGAAAACGGACAACUUGGUCAUGGAGGCUGUGAGGAUAAGUGUGUGCCUACCUUAGUAGAUGUUUUGAGGGAUAAACAAGUAAAGAGAAUAGUGUGUGGCUCAAAUUUUAGUGCUGCUAUUUGUGUUCACAAUUGGGCAUUAAGUGCUGAUAAUUCUGUAUGUUUUGGAUGUCGUAUCCCUUUCAAUUUCAGAAGGAAACGUCACAAUUGUUACAAUUGUGGGUUUGUCUUUUGCAAAGCAUGCAGCAGCCAAAAAUCACUUAAAGCAUCAUUAGCCCCAAGCACAAACAAGCCAUAUCGUGUCUGUGAUGAUUGUUUUGACAAGUUACAGAAGACAAUAGAAUCAGAAUGUUUGUCUCGAGUUCCAAAAGUCAAAACAGGAAAUGCACUUUAUAAGGCAAAUGAGCAGACAGAUAAAUUACUAGGUCAUACAUCCAGACUCUCAUCUUCUGACUCAUUCAACCGUGCUCAGGGAAGAACUUCCAGGGUUGAUCAAUAUGAGAACCGUGCAUUUUCUUUUCAAAAUGAAAAUGCUCCAAGGGAAAGCUUUUCCUUACCCAAAUCACCGAUAAGUCCAUUUCGAGUUUCAAAAAGUCUCUUCUCAACCUCUCUUCCAAGUACUAGAGUUGUCUCUCAGUCGACAUCUCCUUUGUGGCCUGCAAUACCACCUCCAUAUCCUCCUGUUCGUACCACUGAAGUAGUUGUAGAUAAUUCGAAGCCUGUUAGUGAUAGCUUAAGCCAGGAGGUCAAACAACUAAAGGCACGGUUGGAAGAGCUUGCAAGCAAAUCUCAACUUCUAGAAGCUGAACUUGAGAGAAAGACAAAGCAGCUAAAGGAUGCUACUGCAAAAGCAGCUAUUGAAGCAGAGAAAAGAAGAGCUGCAAAACACGUAAUCAAGUCUCUGACUGCCCAGCUGAAGGAGGUGACUGAAAGGCUUCCAGAAGAGCAGAUCUCCACCAGCAAUUUAGAUUUUAAUGUUGAACAAACAUCGUUUGACUGUAGCCGUCCUUCUAAUGGUAGUUGUAUAACCACCUCAACCCUAACCGAGUGCAGUGGUAGUUCUAGUAUUCCUGUCUCAGCCAAGAAGUCUAGAGUGCAGAAGCCAGAGCGCAUGUUACAAGUUGAACCAGGCGUGUAUCUAUAUCUUAUUUCCUUACCUGAUGGAGGCAAUGAACUGAAACGAGUUCGUUUCAGCCGUAAAAGCUUCUCAGAGGAAGAGGCAGAAAAGUGGUGGAAUGAAAAUGGACAAAAUAUCUGCGAGAAGUACAACAUCACACCAGAUCAUGUCUAAUUUGUAGCAACUGGGCAUUUGUUAUGUAAAGCACGCUAAGGAAGGCUAUCCGAUGGAUUUUUAUGAUCUUCUCUGCUCUUUGCUAUGGAAGUGUAGACUUAAUUCUAUUUUUUAGCAGCAUCCAGGGAUCAGCAGAAGAACAGAGGAAAAGGUUGAGAAGACAUUAGAAUCUGAUUUGUAGUUUGUAGUUUAUAUUUACUUUGCUGUGUGCAUUUGUAUAUCUUUUUUGACGCUGAUGUGUCCAUUUCUCAAUGAUUUAAAUUUAACUAUAGCUAGUUUUCAUGUAGCAAAAUUAGUGAGAAAGUCAUCCAAUUUGUAGGUAUGGCAUUUUUUUAACUUUUCUUUAUGUAUUUGAUACAAAAGUUUAGUUGCA